AGGGAAGGGGCCCGCAGAGGGGAGCGGGGGCAGCAGCAGACAGGCACACCCCUGACUUUCUCCCUCCCUUCCUCCCUCCCUCUUCUCCCUUCUGCUGGAAAAGCGAGGUAAUCGUGAGUCCAGGGUGGGGCGGGCUGGAUGGGGGCCCCGAGUUGGAAGCGGUGGCUCUGGGAGCUGGGUCGCAAUACCUACUCACCCCUUUGGCCCACUCCCUGGGUUCUUCCUCGGUUCAAGUCCUCACCUCUGUCCCUGUUCCUCUUAACUCUCAAACUAAGCCAGAACCCCUGUUGAAAAUCUCCAACCUCCUGGCAAACCCCAGGACUCUGCAGGACCUGCAUGGGAUGUCCUCUCCCUGCCCCCGUCCAGCUGUGCCUGCCCCUCACGCCCUCUCUGCACACAGAUUCUCUGUCCCAGGGAUGUGGGCGGGGGCUGGGGAGGGACCAGAGUCGGAAUGAAAGGGCCUUUUUCUUCCACAGCUGGGAGAACAGCUGCCACCAAAGCAAGACUGGGCACUCUGUGCCCAGAGUCCCCUCUGCAGCUGGCCUUUCGUCCUGGACCCCGCUCAUCCUCAGCUCACUUUCCUUUCCUCCCCUGCCUGGCUCCCACCAGGGCCCAGAACAGCAAGCAAGCAAUAGGCGUGAAGUUUGUCACAGCAGCCAGAGGGGUCUAAGAGGGGCAGCCUUUGCCUACUGCCCAAGAGCUGCCCUUCUCUUUCAAGACUCAGACAGCAGUGGGAGGGGGAACUGUGAGGCCACGUGGUACCUGCCCCCCCUCUGGAGGGGUCUGCAAGGGAAGGGGCACUGGGGGGCACAGAGAUGCAGGACAGACUGCACAUUCUGGAGGACCUGAAUAUGCUCUACAUUCGGCAGAUGGCACUCAGCCUGGAGGACACGGAGUUGCAGAGGAAGCUAGACCAUGAGAUCCGGAUGAGGGAGGGGGCCUGCAAGCUGCUGGCAGCCUGCUCCCAGCGAGAGCAGGCUCUGGAGGCCACCAAGAGUCUGCUGGUCUGCAACAGCCGGAUCCUCAGCUACAUGGGGGAGCUGCAGCGGCGCAAGGAGGCGCAGGUGCUGGGGAAGACAGCCCGGCGGCCGUCUGACAGUGGGCCACCGGCUGACCGCUCCCCCUGCCGUGGCCGGGUCUGCAUCUCAGACCUCCGGAUCCCACUCAUGUGGAAAGACACGGAAUAUUUCAAGAACAAAGGUGACCUGCACCGCUGGGCUGUGUUCCUGCUGCUGCAGCUGGGGGAACACAUUGAAGACACAGAGAUGGUCCUGGUGGACAGGACCCUCACGGACAUCACCUUUCAGAACAGCGUGCUCUUUGCGGACGCGGGGCCGGACUUUGAGCUGCGGCUGGAGCUGUAUGGGGCCUGCGUGGAAGAGGAGGGGGCCCUGACCACUGCUCCCAAGAGGCUUGCCACCAAACUUAGCAGCUCUCUGGGCCGCUCCUCAGGGAGACGUGUCCGGGCAUCGCUGGACAGUGCCGGGGGCUCAGGGAGCAGUCCCAUCCUGCUCCCCACCCUGGCCGUGGGCGGCCCCCGCUACCACCUCUUGGCGCACACCACGCUCACUCUGGCAGCAGUACAAGAUGGAUUCCGCACACAUGACCUCACUCUCACCAGUCACGAGGAGAACCCUGCCUGGCUGCCCCUUUAUGGUAGUGUGUGUUGCCGCUUGGUGGCCCAGCCGCUCUGCAUGACUCAGCCCACUGCAAGUGGUACCCUCAGGGUACAGCAAGCUGGGGAACUGCAGAGCUGGGCCCAAGUGCAUGGAGUCCUGAAAGGCACAAACCUCUUCUGUUACCGGCGCCCAGAAGACACAGACACUGGGGAAGAGCCGCUGUUUACUAUUGUGAUCAGCAAGGACACUCGAGUCCGGGCAGGAGAGCUGGACCAGGCCCCAGGGCGGCCCUUCACCCUGAGCAUCAGUAACCAAUAUGGAGAUGACAAGGUGAUGCACACUCUUCAGACAGAGAGCCGGGGAGCCCUGCAGAGCUGGAUGGAGGCUCUGUGGCAGCUCUUCUUUGACAUGAGCCAGUGGAAGCAGUGCUGUGAUGAAAUCAUGAAAAUCGAAACCCCUGCUCCUCGGAAACCACCCCAAGCAGUGGCCAAGCAAGGGUCUCUGUACCAUGAGAUGGCUAUCGAGCCGCUGGAUGACAUCGCAGCGGUGACAGACAUCCUGGCCCAGCGGGAGGGUCCGAGGCUGGAGACACCCCCACCCUGGCUAGCAAUGUUUACAGACCAGCCUGCCCUGCCUAGCCCUUGCUCACCUGCCUCAGUGGCCCCAGCCCAAGCCCGGACCCACCCCUUGCUGUGGGGGCGACCCCGAACCUUCUCCCUGGACGCUGUCCCCCCCGACCACUCCCCUGGGGCUUCCCGCUCGGUUGCCCCUCUCCCUUCUCAGCGAUCUCCACGGUCCAGAGGACUCUGCAGCAAAGGCCCACCCCAUACUUGGCUCCAGUCACCAGUAUGAGAGAGAAAGGUGCUGACAACAGGAUGCAGCCAGAAGAGGAAAUGACCUGUGUGCUGUCGGGCUUUGGAUAUGGCACUGUCUAUAGCAGGCUGGCCAGCCUGGCCUCCCCUUCCUCUGCUGAACUAGGGUUAGGCUGGGGAGGGGAGCCAGAAGCACCUCUCAGGCUGUGGUUGCCAUCGUGCUGAGGGACGCAUUCUCAGGGCUGGCUGGGACCCCCUAAACCCUUCCUGGGAGAAAACUGGAACCACCCCUGCCUUACCUCCCUGCACUAACCAGUUUUGAGGAUGGCACUGAAGAGCCCUGGGAGGGAAUGCCUCCCCUGUGACUCCCACAUCCACCAUUAAAACUUAUUUAACAGCAGCCUUCUGGCUCUUGAGGACGGGUUGCCUCUCUGCUUGGUCUGAAUCUCCCACCAACCCCCCACCCAGCCCCGAGCUGUGCUCCCUAGUUGUGAAGCAGCUGUGCUCCCUAGUUGUGAAGCGUGACUGUGAUACUGAGUAAUGAGACCAGGGCUAGGUGAAAGGGGUUCUUU